UUCAUUACUUGAUGUUUGAGGUUAGUUUAAUGAAAAACAAAAACUUGUCAAUAUUUAAAAUUAUAAACAUUCCGUUUAAAGUGUAAUCGAUGAUUAAUUAUUUAAUAAAUUAAGUUCUUAAAAAGGGAUAUAGAAAUGUCGAAAAAUAAGCUAAAUUUAACUCUUCCCCCGGGUUCCAUAGAUCAAACUCCUUCUGUUACACCAACAAGUGUACCAUUUCAGGAAGCCUCGGGGGCCAGUAAUUUAGUUCGCAAAUCCAGUAUCGAUAACCUAACCGCGCGCCUCGAAGAGCUGGAUAUGGACGACAUGCAACGGAAACGGAUUGAAGUGUUCCUAUGUCAGAAAGAAAAAAUUGGGGAGCUUAGCGAAGAUGAUUUUGAAAAGUUAGGCGAACUGGGAUCUGGAAAUGGCGGUGUCGUUAUGAAAGUUCGUCACAAAUCAAGUCGUCUUAUAAUGGCACGAAAAUUAAUUCACUUGGAAGUGAAACCGGCUAUUAAAAAACAGAUUAUACGUGAACUAAAAGUUUUGCACGAGUGUAAUUUUACGCACAUCGUCGGGUUUUACGGCGCAUUUUAUAGUGACGGUGAAAUUAGUAUUUGUAUGGAGUACAUGGAUGCCGGAUCUUUAGAUUUGAUUUUAAAGAAAGCGGGCCGAAUACCUGAAAAUAUUUUAGGCAAAAUCACUUCGGCCGUUCUGAAAGGCCUAAGUUAUUUACGUGAUAAGCACGCCAUAAUGCAUAGAGAUGUAAAGCCCAGCAACAUUUUGGUGAAUAGUUGCGGUGAUAUUAAGAUAUGUGAUUUUGGAGUUUCUGGUCAACUAAUCGAUUCUAUGGCAAAUUCGUUUGUUGGUACCAGAAGUUAUAUGUCUCCUGAACGACUGCAAGGGACACAUUAUUCAGUACAGAGUGAUAUUUGGUCCUUAGGUUUAUCAUUAGUAGAAAUGGCCAUUGGCAUGUACCCAAUUCCGCCACCCGACACCAAGACAAUUUCUGCAAUAUUUGGAUUACACGAUGGGGAUUCACCAAGUCAUUCGAAUGGCCCACGCCCUAUGGCCAUAUUUGAAUUAUUAGAUUAUAUUGUAAAUGAACCACCACCGAAAUUACCUUCGGGAUUCUUUAGCUCCGAGUUUAAGGAUUUUGUUGAUCACUGUUUAAAGAAGCAUCCAGAUGAACGUGCCGAUUUAAAAACUUUGAUGAACCACGAAUGGAUCAGAAAGUCAGAGUCUGAAAAUGUCGAUAUAGCCGGAUGGGUUUGUCGAACAAUGGAAAUCGAACCAAAUUCCAAUCACAGGUUUAAGCAAGUAUUUUAAACAGUGUCGAGAAAACUACAGAGAAUUCCUUCAGAGUACCCGAUUUUCCAGGCAAAUAGUUGAGAUUUAUUUAUGUGGAAUACAAGAUGCCUCAUUUAAAUGAAACAUCAAUUAAUCUAUAUUGAUCUUUUACUCAAAUGAUGCAUCUGGUACCGUUUCUAUUGUUACUUAAUACUUCCCGUAACUGUUGAUGUAAUUUUAUUAACAAGUUAUUGAAUUAUAUUAAAAUUCGCGCUGUGUUUGUUUUUCACUACAUCACAUAUUUCAAUUUGUGUUCAAAUCAGUAAUUAUAUCGAGAAUAUAAUAGGAAAUAAUGAGAUAAUGCUGUAUCUUUAGGUUGUAAAAUAGGUGUAUCUCUUUAGUUUGAAUUUCUUGACGUUUACUUAGACCUAGUGCUUGAAUGAAUGUAUGUACCUCAUUAUGUUCUAUUAUACUGUAUCUUAUAAUGCAAGGAAUACUGUUAAUGUAUAAGCUGGGCACAACUAAUCCAUAGUAAAGUGCCACGUACUCUUAACUGUCGAACAAAUAAUAUACGGUUUGCAGCUAGUGAUGUUAAGUGAAAACUAUAUAAAAUAAAUGUAUUUUAUUGAAA